CCAGCUUGUUUAGUUCAUACGGAUAAGGCAUGGCGUCCACUCCGCUACUCUCACCCUCCUCCGCCGCCGUAACGCACCAAUCUCUUCCAUCUUCUUCCAAUUCUCUCUUCCCUGUUUUCUCUUCCAAGCCCAUCGCGAAAUCCCUCCGGCCAUUCACGAGGCUCCACGUGUCCUCUCCGACCAACAAGUCCGCCGCAGCCGCUCCAUCAGCCCCUAAAAAACCCGCCGGGGAAACCGUCUUCUUUGACGGCGGCGCCCACUAUGGGGACCUCCUAGCCAACCUCCUUCUCGGUUUCACUCUCCUAUGGUUGCCCUUAACCCUCGCCGCGGUUUCCAGGGCGUUCUACCUCAGAUACCGGUUCACCAACCUCCGGGUCACAGUGAUUUCGGGUCUUACGGGUCAGGACCGAAGCGAUUUCUCGUACAAGGUGAUUAAGGACGUUCAGGUGGUGCCCAGAUUCAUCGGCGAGUGGGGCGACGUAGUGAUUACUCUCAAGGAUGGGACUAAGGUUGACCUGAGAAGCGUCCCUAAGUUCAGAGAAAUCGCCAAGUAUUGCCUCGCCAUGGCAGAGAAGCCUGUCGUUUUGAAGGAAUCUGGGCCUAAAGGGUUCUAGAAUUUUCCCAAAAGGUAUGUAUUCUGUGAAUGUAAGAUUUCCAAUUUUAUUAUAGACAAUAAGCUUUUUUUUUUUUUUUUUUUUGCGGCUGGUAAUGUUAUAAGCUAUGCAUAGUUCUCUUGGAUAUUCAUUUCAUACUUACAAUGUGGCUUAAAUUAAUUUGCUUCUUGUAUCUUAUUCGUCAUGUAUCCAUCCAAACUGAUGAACGCAUAUCUUAGGAAUCUAAAGAUUGUGAUUCCCAGAA